GAUCCACACGCCGCUCCCUGAUUAUCAAAGUGUCACCUAAUCGCGAUACGCCAUGUGGUACGAAGCUGACCUGGUGGAACCAGACGGAUUACACCGGCGCAAAUUGGGUGACUUACGCUCCCAGCCCAACAGUCGGGUGUAUCAAUAUCCCGUCGAAGUACCUCCCGUGUACUAAGUUUGGAUCCCUCAAACUCGAAUGGUACGCACCGACGGACGCCAUGAAACGUGACAUGUUCUUCGUCACGUGCAAGGAGGUGCACUUCUGGCCAACGACGAACUGCGAGAUCGGUAACACGGACUACCUCACAUAUCCUACCGACCACAGCCCGCCUUCGCCAACCAAGCGCCCGAAAUACCCCAGAGCCUCAUUUCGCCCUCAUUCCAUCAGCUGCAUCUACA